AUGGCCACAGGCAAUGCUGUCCGGAAGUAUAUGCACGAGGAGCUUUUACAUGUGCACUUAUUUAACGCUAACUCAUUUAAUUUUCUUUAAAAAAUUUCCAGUAGCAUUAUUUUCUAGUCUUUGUCUUAUUUAAUUCGUAACAUUUGGCUGAAACGGAAACCAACAAGAGCUCGCGAGCACGUUAGCUUGAUGCUAAGGGGUUAAAGAGGCAGAAGAUAAACGGAGCCACAAAGUUUCUUUCAUUUAACGAUGGCGUCCCAUGAUGAGCUUCAACUCAGCAAGAAACACGAAGAAAUUUUGGGAAAGAGAGCUGUUUUACUGCAACAGAUGGAGAUUUGCUAUGAGCAGCAGAAAGCCAAGAAAAACCAUCGCGCCACUUUGUCCCAGGCUGCACGUGAAAGGAAUGCAGAAAUACUGGAGGAUUUCCAGAAAGCAGAAGAACGUCUUCAGACAAGACGGCUUCUUCACCCUGAUGUUCUCAACCUACAGACUCGUUAUUGGGCCUCAGUGGAGCAGAAGCUUCCAGAAUGGGAAAGCUACUUGCUCGGUAAGAGUCAAGCCCCGAUGAGUGAGGAGAUGAUCUCACAAGGAGUCCAGAAGAAGGAAGAUACAGAAAAUGACUCUUCACCUGUACAGAGAAAAGGCAGACCUCCUCGACCCAAAGCCAGGUCUGCUGACUGAUGUGAAUUAGGAGAAGGUAGGGUUAAACCAAGGAUCUCUGUAUUGGAAGGUAAUUUCAGCCUAGUAUAUAACUAGGAAAAUUUGGCAGUUCCAUCAUCACUCCUGCGAAAUCUUUUCUGUGAAAUCGUGGAUCUGCUGUUAGUUUUCUCUCCACACACACUCCUAUAGUGCAUACACUGAGUGUUAAUAAUAAUAAUAAUAAUAAUAAUAAUAAUAAUAAUAAUAAUAAUUCGCUCAACCUGUUCACUUGUGAUUUUGUCACCCUGACACAACUAUUUAAAAAUAUUCAGAAGUGAAGGAGGCAUUUCCUUCAUAACACAUUUCCAUAUGCUUCCUGUGUAAAAUCUAAAGAUCGCAGAUGAUUUAUUUGCUCUUGAGAGGAAGUGUAACGAGGAUAAGAAACACUCUGCAUUUGAAACAAGUAGUUUAUUGGUUUAUUGUGAUGAUAGAAAUGUUUUAACUUUACACUUGCAGUGAAAACUUCUUUUAAGCUUUAAAAUGUCUCGAUAACUCAAAAAAACAUGGAAAAAGACAUAUAUAAACUUGGACCUCAGGAAUAAAAUGUUCUGUGCCUUAGAUAAAUAAUUUAAAUAACUAGCAAUAUAUUGGAAAGCAAGCAGAUUUUGUCUACCUACGAUGUGUCCUUUAUGAUACGGCACGUGGCAUGUUGGUGUAAAGCUGCACUGAAGGAGUCUGUCCACAAGGGGGCAGUACAGGCUACUAAUGAAGCAACCCCUUAAACCCACUACACGUUUGUCAUGGACGUAUGCCUCACACACGUUUGCUGAAUUAAAUAAUUGAUCUUGUAGUUUACAGUCGUACAGAAUCUAUAGUCAGCAGGGCAUAAUUCGUCUGUUUAAUGAAUUUAUUGACUUUAUCGACCCAUAUUAUAAAUUUGUAAUAUGUAUUUAUGUAUGUUCUUUUGGGAUCAUGAAGAUAAAAGAUUAUGGUGUAAUAUCUCAGAUGUGAAAAUGUUGAAAAUUAUCUAGUGUAAAAUUUAAGAUGCAGUAAAAUAUAUAUAUAUAAGUAUAUACUGACAUAAAUUUUAUAUCGAGGCCUACAUGUGUUUAAAUUGUUUAUUGUAAAGUAUUUUUAACAUGUUAAAUAUUUCAUAUAGUGUAUGUAAAAAUAAAAAAACAUUUUUCAAGCUUUUUAAAGCAGAGACUCUGGGGGUUAAAGCACCUCAAGAGGUCUGGUUGGUUUGUUUGUUUUUCUUUGUUUUAGAUUGCUUGCAUGGUGGAAAUGACAUUGUUGGUAUCAAAUUUAUAAAAAAUUGAGUAAUUAUUGACUGUUUAUUCUUUACAUAUUAGACAAUUUGACUGGUCACUACAAUUAAGUGGUUUUAAUACAAACUUAAAAACAAGUUAACCUAAAAAUAAUGUCCUCUGUGUGUCUAUGGUUUCCAUUAAACAGCCAGGAAAUUACUGGACAUACUUGAAUAAUGAGCCUAAUAUUUGAAUCAUUGGAUUAUGUUCCUAAAGUAAACCUGUGCCAAGAAGGUGCAUGAAAUUUAUUACAUUUAAAAAUGUGCAAAAGUUUAAGAACCUCGGUCAUCAAUCAUGCAUAGACCUCAUAUGUAUUCUAUUCACCAUUUGCUACAUUUUGUGACAAGCUUCAAAACCUCAUACUCAGAUUUAUAAACCAGUAGCCAGCCAUGUCCAAGUGCGAUCAUCACUUGCAAAUCGUAAUUAUCUAAGUCAAGCUUGUGCAUGCAGGUCUGUUUUGGAAUGUAACGUCUUUUUCUUACCUGAGCCCUUAAUAACGAUGAGGUCAUGACUUCUUUAUUGCUCAAAUCCUCGAUGAGUGCUUUCUCUGUUCACAGUAAUUGCUCUUCUUUUGUCUCGUUGAAGGCUGAUUUGAGGUCGGCCACUUGCCAUAUGUUCACAAUAACUCAAUAGGAAUGAGCUGGCCAAACUAUGGCAUGAGAUUAGGUGUGUUGGGUUGCUUUCAGAGUUGAAACUUUGUGAUCACAGUAAGCAUUAGGAUGCUGUGUGCAGUAAUUUGUGUCCAGACAGACUGUGAAUAUUUUCUUUCAGGAUAUUGAAUAUACUGCACUUUUUUUUAUCUGGCUUUUCUUUUCUCAUUUCUCUCUUUCUAUUGCUACAUUCUGUCUCUCAUUCCGCUCUGUACCGAGCGACAUGGCGGUCCCGGGAUCGAGCCCUAAUUGCGAUGAUCAAACCUGCGCUGGGUGACGCGGAGUGGCGGCUUGACAAAUGCGAUCAUCCGGAUGGCCGGGGUUGAAGUGGCGCUGCUUGGCAGCUGCCCAUGUUCCUCAGCUGGGACUCGCUCUUGCCCCGGAGGUCAGGGCACCAGUCGCGGACUGUGUGUAACGUGUUGGGCGAGAGGACAGAAGUUCCCCUUCAGCUGCCUAGCCUCGAGGGCCAAAGACUGCUUCUGAACGGAGGUCAUGCCAGAGACUGACAUUGAUGUUAUUCCAGAGGGGCAGAGAGCCCACGUUCUGCUCCCAUGCUGCUGCCUGGAGACCUCUAAGCCAUAAAGCACCUUCUCAGAGCGUGCCCUUGAUGAUUUGAGCCCUCGUGGGUGUGUAGGAUGGCUUCAACUCAAAAUCAGAAGCCGCCUUCGCACCCUCUGAGGUUUUGGAAGAGCAUAAACAACUGAAGUGUGAUGUUUUAGUGAGACACCUGUUCAUUUAGAUAUUGUACGAUCCCAUUUGUUUAUAGAAUCUGAUUUGAAUUGUGAUAUUCCCAAUGUAACUUUAAUUCACACUUUUUUAGAUGUGAAAAUUUUCCGUUUUUUGUGACAAGCUCAUUUUGGUGCAAGGUCAAAAAUAUUCAUAUCAGAUUGCGGAGGGUUUUUUUCUUUUUAGCACAGGAUGUACAUGUAUGAAAAAAAAAGUUUGAGCGAUGUGUUCACGAUAACAUGAAUAUAUUUCACUAGUAAAUUUGACUUAGCAGCUGACAUUUAAUUCGUUUUCUGAGAUUCUUGACUCUAUAAAUAUUACCCAUAACUGUUAAGUUAGUAGUUAUGUGAAGUAGCAUGUUUCUGUUAAAAAUUGAGAAAUGGUGCACAAUCUUUAAGCCUUUGUUUGGCAUUAUGUUUGUUUCAGGAGGCCUCAAGACUUAAAUCUGCAAAUUACACUUGAGUCUAAAGUGUCCUGGAACGAUGCAGUGACUUCAGAUCAGUUUGAUAAUUAAGACUUGUUUGUCAAACACAUCCCAGAGAUGCUCGAUCAGAUUAACACUUGGGGAAUGAGGCCACUGCCAUUAGGGAAUACGUUUGCAAUGAAAGGCAGUACUUGGUCUGCAGCAAUGUUUUGGUAGCUAGGGUGUAACAGCCACCCAAAGUUUGUCAGUAGAGCAUUGCCUAGAGCAUCACAAGACCAGGACACAUCUUCCAUUACUGCACGGUCCUGUUCUGAUGCUCACCUUCUGGUUCACCGUUUGUCCUUCCUUGGACUGUUUUUGGUAGGUACUCACCAUUUGUAUAAACCCCCCCCAAGACCUGCCCUUUUAGAGAUGCUCUGAUCCUUAUGCUUGCCCAUUUUUCCUGCUUCCAACAAAUCAACUUUGAAGACUGACUGUUCACUUGCUACCUGAUUUGUCCCAGUCCUUUGACAGGUGCCACAGUAACAAGAUAAUCAAUGUUCACUUCACCUGUCAGUGGUUUUAAUGUUGUGUCUAAUUCAUGUGUGCAACUGAUUGAGUUUUGGUGUAUUAUGGUGUUAUCUGCUGUUUUUCUACUUGCUUUGUUUGAACAGAAGUUCUUACCAAUUUGAUCGAGCAAGGUUGGAGCAAUUUUAGACAAAAAAAAAUCAAUUUCUUGAAUUUUCCUCAACCUUUUUAAAUAAUUGAAUUGUAGGAAUUGGUAAACUAUAGGGCAAUACUCAACUACUUACACAAAUCUGUAAAUGUUUAUAAAAGUGUUAUGUUUUUAUUUGUGGUUGUCUGUGACUAGAGACAGAAGCAAUGUUUUUUUUCCCCAGAAUUGUAACUGUGACAGGGUGAGAGUAACUUUUACGACUUGUUCAAUUUUUUAAGAAAAAAAAAUUACAACUGUACACUUCAUGUUGGUGAUAUAAUGAUACAGAUAAAACAGAUUUUUUUUGGUCAGUCUCAGUAGAGUGCUUGGUUUUGAAGUUUCCCAGGUGACAUCAUGAACCACAGUAGGAGUCCUAAUUAAGUUGUUAUAACACCUCUAAUUUUUUUUAAAUCUAAUUUCUGACUAUGGUGUUUGUCAUCUUGUUGCAGUGUUU